AUGUUAGAACUAUGCUUUGAGAACACUUUAUGGCUCGCCGAAAACACACUUGUGAGCGCCUCAAUUGCUUCACCAAAUCUCAUUGGAAACAGUUUAGAUCUUGCGGAAGAAAGCAACGAAGGAAGGCAGAAGCUUAAGUUGGUUAUGCUAUUAUGGAAUUAUUUUUCUGUUGUUUUUAUUGAUCCGAGAAGUUUACUUUCAAAUUGGAAGCCUACAAUUGAUAAGGAGAUAGGAAAGGUAGAUCCAUUAGUUGGUGCAGGACUCAUGAACGUGAUGUCUGAUCCGUCCAAUCAAAGGAUUUGGUACUGCAGAAGUUUAUCCAUCUCAAGUCGCCUUGAUGCCAUCGUUGAUCAGUUUGAUUGA